UGUAGUACUUAUUUUUAGUUUAUUUUAAAUAAUUAUUAUAAAAAUUAAUGAAUUUAAAAAAAUUAUUUAAUGAAUUUAUACAAACUAUAACGACACGUAACAUUUAUAUGUUAGGAGUUGUUUAAGUUAUCAUGAACUAAUUUCUAAAAUACAUCGUAUAAUUAGGAAAUAAAUCAAGAUGAGUAAAAAACGUAAUCGACAACCUGAUGCAAAUGGAGAAUUAAGUGAAGGUUCAACUGAUUCUUGUAACGAAUCAAAUACUACAGGUAUUAAAUGUCCUCAUAUUCCUAAGGCAGUGAAUUUUAAUAAAAUUAAGAAAUGUAUUAAUAAAAUGGGAAUUAGUAUAGAAUGUUCAAUAUGUAAAAAAUGUAAGAAUAAUUCAUCAAAAACUAAUGAAAAGGAAUGUGUAAUGAAUUCAGCAAUAUUAAUUUGUUUACAAUGUGGACAUCAAGGUUGUGGAAGAGAAGAAUGUGGACAUGCUUUAGAACAUUAUAAAAAACCACAUAGUGAUUGUCACGUUAUGGUUGUUGAGAGUCUUUAUUGGAGUGUUUGGUGUUUUCAAUGUGAAACAAAAGUUAAUAUUGGAUGUAGGAAGAAACUCCAAGAAACAGUGGAAUUUAUAAAAAGAUCUACCACUUCUAUUAUUUCAUCACAAACUAAAAUGUCAGUAUCUCAAUAUCAAAAAGAAACUAGAACUGAUACAGAUAAGCUAGAAAAAGAAAAAAAUUUAUAUAAUUUACCUAAAGUAGGGGGUUUAAUGAAUUUAGGAAAUACUUGUUUUUUUAAUGCAGUUUUACAAUGUUUGGCACAAACACCUUUCUUAGUAAAAGUUCUUGAUGAUUUGCGUCUUCCAGGACAAAAAUUCAUUUUACCAGGUGGCAAACAUAAACUUUCUAAUAACUCUGAAGAAACUGAUUUACCACCUAUAGAAGGUACUUUGGAAGGUUGGGGCAGUUUUACCUCAAUUUUAUGCAAGACGCUUACGGAAAUGCAAAACAGCGAUGGUCGUCAAUCUUAUCGUCCAUCAGAAUUAUUAAACUCAUUUAAAAAAAAAACGAUGCAAUGUAUGGAUGGAGGACAACAUGAUUCGCAUGAACUUCUUAGACAUCUUCUGGAAAUAGUACGAAACGAAGAUCUCAGAAGAUAUCAAAGUAUAAUUUUGAAACAAGUUGGUUUGAAUGAGAAAACUAAUCCUGAAGGAGUAGAAGAGAGCCUCAAAUCUCGCGUAAAAUUUUAUGGAAAUCAGGCCAAUUCAAGACUACUUGGAGCAGAACUUGUUUUUCGUGGAGUUUUAGUUUCCACAUUAGAAUGUCUUGAUUGUCAUCAUACUUCACAGAAUACAGAACCCUUCUUAGAUCUCAGUUUGCCAGUUAUGGCAGAUAAACCACAACCACCAAUUUUAAAAAGGAAGAACAAUGGAUUUGAAGAUACAUUUGAUAUAAUGGGAAAUAAUAUUUCACAUGUACCUUCGAAACAUCAAUUAAAAAAAGAAAAAAAAGCUGCUCGAAAAAAUCGAAAAAGUAAAAAACAAGAAAUUCGUCAAGAUGAUAAUUUCAUAUCUAAUAAGAAUAACAUUGCUGAAGAAAAUAAUCUUAAAUCUGAAGAAAGUGAUGCAGAUGUAGAAGAUAAUGCAGAAAUAGAAGGUCUGCUUCCAGAAGUUGGUGAAUCAGGCUAUAGUUCAGAAAAACAAUCUACUUUAGCAAGUCCUGCUUCUCCAUCGACUGAUACAAUGAAAACAAAUGAAACCAUAAGUGAAGUACCAUUAGAUAAUUAUUUACAACUUAAUACUAAAGAUAAUAUUUCUUUAGUACAACUUUUGAAUCGUUUUGAUACGAAUUCAUUGCCCAGUCCAAAUUCAGCAAAUGCAUGUACAACAAAUUUAUCACAAACAAAAGGUUUAGAUACAUUAGACAGUUCUGAAAGUUUUGAAAAUGAAAGUGGAAUUCAAACUGGAUUUUCUUUGUCUACUUCUUUAGCAAUGACCUCAGAUUUAACAAGUCCAGAUAUUCCUUCGAUUAAUUUCAAUUCGGUUAUAUCAAAAGAGAAUACAAGUUCUACAAUUAUUUUAGCAAAUGUUGAUAAAAGUAUAGAAAAUACUAAAUUGUCAACAUUUAGCCUCGAUUUAACGGAAUCUAUUAAUCAUAUCGAUCAAGAAGAAUCUACUUAUAAUCAAUGGAAAACAAGAAGAAAAAUAGAAGACUAUUCAAAUGACAUUAGUAAUGGAAUCAAUAAUAUCACUUCUGGAAUUUCAAAAAUAGGUAUUGGUGGCAGUCUUCAACAGCCACCUACUAGAUAUCUAACUAAGGAAGGAGAAUGCUCAAUACAAUCAUGUUUAAAUCAAUUUACAGCUCUAGAAUUGAUGAGUGGUAGCAACAAAGUCAGUUGUGAAGCUUGUACUGCCAAUGAAAAAAAGAUAAAACAGAAUUGUAAAAUGGUAUGCACUCCAAGUACAAAGCAGUAUUUGAUCUCUCGCGUACCUGCGGUUCUGAUCCUCCAUUUAAAACGAUUUCAAGCUCAACGAGUUGAUUUUCGAAAAGUAACAAGACAUGUUUCAUUUCCAAUACUACUCGAUCUAGCACCUAUAUGUAAGAAUCAUAAAAAAGCUAGAAUUUAUGCACUGUAUGGCGUUGUCGAACAUAGCGGAACUAUCCAUGGUGGACAUUAUGUUGCUUACAUAAAGUCACGUUUACCAUUAACAUCAGAUGAUCCUCGAUGGUCAUUUUUACCAUCAAAAGAUAUUAAAAAUACACAAGAAAAUUCAUAUUCUUCAAGUUCUGAAUCUGAAACUGAAGAAGCAGCUGCAUCUCCAUCAUCUAUAGUGGAACCACCACCUGGCAAAUGGUAUCAUGUUUCGGAUUCUAGAGUAACGGAAGUCGAUGAAACAACAGUGUUACAAAGACAAGCUUAUCUUCUUUUUUAUGAAAGAAUUCUUUGAGCAUUUUGGUAAUUAACUAAAAUACAAGAAAUUUGGAUUUUGAAACAAUGAAAUAAAUUAAAUGAAAAAUAAUAGAAUGGAUUUUAAAAUAUAAACUAUGAUUAUUUAAAUUAAUCAAGAAUAAUAUUAAAACCUAUUCUUGGUAUUCGCGAUUUUAAAUUAAUUUAUUAUUGACGUCAAAUGGAAAUUUAUAUCUAUUUCGUUUUUCAUUCUAACUAAUCAUAUUGAAAAAGCAUUAUUUAGUUUCUUCUUAUAUUUAAUUUGAGAUAUUAUUAUACUCAUUAUUUAGAAUAUAAUUGUAAAAUGUUAAUUUUUUUCAAAUA